GUUCCACUUGCGAAACACAGCUGCAUUUAUUUUUAACACUUUCCUUUGACGGGAUUAAAUAACUAACUAAUUGCACGGGGAAUAACUGAAGACAGCAAUCAUUGCCACUCUUGUUAUUUGCUAUUAUCAACGUCACCAAAAUCAUCGCUACUGAAGUCUUCAUCGGAAGAAAAAUGGAGGAUACCGGAGAUCUGUCAAAGAAGACCACUGAGACACUAUUUAAUUCAUACCGUACAAGUAUUACCCCGUCAUCUUCAGACACAACAACCCGUUCACUAUCUUCGAUUAUUAACACUUCUACUACUACUACUAGUAGUAGUACUAAUAUUAGCACUUCAUUACAACAAACACCAUGUUUGUCAUCACAUCCAAUAUUCAAUUAUGAUUUUGCUUCAACAGCCUAUAAAGAAUGGUUGUGUAUUAUGAAUCAAUUACAUCAUAGCACAACAGAUUCACACCAGUUCCCAAAUCUAUCGAAAUUUAAUCAGAAUUAUCUUGGACUAACUGAAACAACGACCAGAACAACAGUGAACACACAAUGUUCUUCACCACCCCUCACAACAGAAAGUAAUGCUACAAAUUCAUCUAUAAACAGUUUGACUAAAUUGAUGAAUAGAACAAGUGACUGUAUAGAUAGUCUACCAGAAAAUAAGAUGCAGUCUGCUUUAAUUAAUCCUAAUAAUUUAACAUCGCAAUAUUAUUAUUACUACUAUUAUUAUGGUUUACAAAAUGCGCAAAAACUACUUCAUUCUCAACAGAAUACAUCAAUGAAUAAUAAUAUGUUACUGGAUAAAACAAAACUUAAUGAAACAUCAUUAUCAUCAUCAUCGUCGUUAUCAUUGAAUACAGAUGAAAAACAAAAUUCAUUGAAACAUCUAACAACAUCAUGUACCGCAGUUUCAACAACUUUAACUAAAUGUAUUGAUGCCAAUAGUCAUUUAUAUUCUUCAUCGAAAUAUUCGCCUAUUCUGUUUGAAGGUCAGGGAAGAGUCAACCAGCUAGGUGGUAUGUUUAUCAAUGGUAGACCAUUACCGUAUGAAACACGUCUAAAAAUAGUCGAAUUAUCUAGCAAUGGUAUUCGUCCAUGCGAUAUAUCAAGACAACUGAAAGUAUCACAUGGUUGUGUGAGUAAAAUUCUUCAACGUUACAGUGAAACAGGUAGUGUAAGUCCAGGUGCAACUGGAGGAGCUAGAAAACCGAGAACUGGUCACCAUCAUCAGAAUAUAAUAUCAGUAUCAUCAGAUAGCAGCCAGUCAAAUAAUAAUCGAUCAAGAAAUUUUAAUCAUAAAUAUACCAAAAUUAAUCGCUUUAAUUAUAAACAAAAUAAGGCUGAUAUUCUGCAUAAAAGAAAGCUGAGCAAGUCAUCAAAAAUAAGACUGUCUGAAACGCGUUGCAUUCCAGAUCAUUGUACUAAUCAAAUAGGAACACUAUUGACUGAUUAUCCUUCUUCAUCAUCUUUGGAAAAGACAACAACACAACAACUGCAACAUCAACACAGCCCUCAGUAUCAACAACAAGAAGCUAUAGACUUAUCAGUUAAUAAAAGACCUAAGUACACCUUGGCAGAAGAUGCUUCAACUUCGUCAAUAAAUAACAGUACCACAAUGCAUGGUUCUAUGCUGUAUAAUUCUUCUUUGUUUCAAUGUCCAAGUAACUACAACGCUGAUAAUAAUAAUCUAAUAUUACUUGUAUAAACAUUAGAGAUAUACCUUCAAAAAAAUACUU